AUGGAUUUGCCUCUUGGUUUUCACAGUAAGGGGGAGUCUCAUAGUUCCACUUCUGCUACUCCUUUGGUAUGCAAAUUGGUGAAGUCCUUAUAUGGUCUUAAACAAGUUUCAAGGCAAUGGAAUGCUAAACUUUCUGCUACCAUUGUGCAGCUUGGCUUCAAACAAUCUCAGGCAGAUCAUUCCUUGUUUGUCCAUACUGAUGGUUCUUCUUUUACUGCAUUAUUGGUGUAUGUAGAUGAUAUGAUAAUUACAGGAAAUGACUCAGCUUGUGUUGCCAAGUUAAAAUUCUUGUUAGACCAGAAAUUUGGAAUCAAAGAUCUUGGUUCACUCAAGUACUUUUUGGGUUUGGAAAUUGCAAGAAGUGCUAAAGGUAUUAGCAUUAACCAAAGAAAAUAUGCUCUUGAGGUUCUAAAAGAGGCAGGAAUGCUUGGUUGCAAACCUGUCAAGUCACCAAUGGAACAACAAUUGAAACUAUCCAAGGCAGAUGGGGAGUUACUUAAAGAUGCAGGGCAAUACAGGAGGUUAAUAGGAAAAUUGAUGUACUUGACUUUGAGCAGGCCUGAUAUAGCCUAUGCAGUUCAUAGACUUAGUCAAUAUUUGGCUCAACCUCGAAUUCCACACAUGAAGGCAGCCACUAGAAUCCUCCAAUACAUCAAAGGUACACCAGGACAAGGGGUAUUCUUCCCUGUUGAAUCAGACCUACAGCUAAAGGCAUUCUGUGAUGCUGACUGGGCAGGCUGCCCUGACACAAGGAAAUCCUUGACUGGUUAUUGUGUUUUCUUGGGCGAUUCUUUAAUUUCUUGGAGAUCUAAAAAGCAAGACAUAGUGUCUAGAUCCUCUGUUGAAGCAGAGUACAGAUCCAUGGCCACCACCACAUGUGAAGUUACUUGGUUGCUUUACUUGUUAAGAGACUUGCACAUUCCACAUGAGAGACCAGUGUUGUUGUACUGUGACAACCAGGCAGCCAUACAUAUCUCUGCAAAUCUUGUAUUCCAUGAGAGAUCAAAACACAUAGAAGCAGACUGUCAUAAAGUCAGAAACAGAGUGUUGGAUGGAACCAUCAAGAUGUUUUAUGUCUCUUCAAGGAAUCAACUGGCAGAUAUAUUCACAAAAGCACUUGGGGUUGAUCAAUUUUCCAGAUUAUUAGCAAGGCUGGGAGUCAUCAACAUUUUUGCUCAAAAUACAGUAUCCAGAGUAUAA